AAAAAAAAAAAAAAAAGAGAAAAAUUAUGAACAAUUUUUCGCAAUUAAAGAAACGCUGUCAUUUAAAACGAUAAAAGUUGUUUGAUUAAUCGGCUUGGAGUUUUACGGAAACGAAAAGUCUUUUAAAUCCGCUUGAAAAACGCAUAAGCAAUAACUCAGCGCAGAGGUAAGCGGCGAGACGCGCAGCAGUAGAUAGUUGCCCAGAUCCCGUUCGGCCCUAUUCAAAACCAUGACAACAAGAAACAAGCAGGGAUUUAUUUGAGAAAGUUAAAGGACAUUGUGCGGGGGCGUCAAUCAAGCAUUAUUUCAGGACUGAACAAAUGCAAAAUCUUGACUGGAACAAAUGCUUCCAACGGGUCUCGGACGCGGGGCUACAUUUCCCUCUUUUGUUCCCGGUCGCUGGUUGGCAUGUAUUUGUGUUCCUUUUUUUUUUCGCCCGACCACCCAGGACGACUAGACGAGAACGGAUACCCACUCCGUCUGGGAGGGUCUAUGCAGUCAUCCAGAGCGCGCUAAAGGCCAGGCAGGAUCACCAGAACCCCAUGAUAUGCCUGGUGCGCUUGCUGGUGAGGCGCGGGAGCAACCGACAGUCUAUAACGAAAAAACACCGUCUCCUUGACGUCUGGAUCUUUUCCCAAACACAAGUUAUGAGUUAUUUAAGAUUCCUCGCUCGCCAAGUUAAACGGAACCUAUGUGAAAACUUAAAGAUCGAUGCACGGGUGCAAAGUCGGGUGCGGGCUAGCUGUAAGAAAACAUUAAGAAAACGCAAGUCAUUGUUUUUCCAGUAGCCACGAAUAUCAAUUUCUUUAAUUACCAUGUGAUGACUACCACCCCUCUGUGCUCAGAGAGCGCGCAUUUAGCCCGUGUUUGUCCAAUAUAACGCCCGCAAUAAACUACAACACCCCAAUAAACGAAUUAGGAAAACCAACUCUGGCACGCUAAUGGAUCACUUUGUAUGCAAAUAUCCGAUAUGUUAUUUGAGCGAGGGGGGGGAGAGAGAGAGAGAAGGAGGGCUCUUGUUGUCACUUGCCACCCAAGACGUGAUUCAGCCUCAACAAUUACCAUUAUCUGUUUCCCCACUUUUCACGAAUUCGGACGAAUCGGUAAUGAUGAAGAGCGUUACCCUCCAUCAUUGUGAAAGUAACGGGCCAUUCUUUGCCGGGUUCACACCUACCAUUACGGGGAUUUAAGUGCACGAGUCAUUGAGGUACUUAGAACCCAUAAGGAGGAGAGGCCUCAAAGCAGCCACCAAGUGCUGUUUAUAUAAACAGCGCGACAUCAGUGUACACACUGUCACUCGGGUGAGAAAGCGCAGAUCGCUUCAGCACCGCUCCACCGAGGAGAGCUCUUGAAGAUCGAGAAGCAGACCUGGAACUAACAGCGACCCAGCCCUACAGAUGGCCAUCUCUAACAAGUUCAGUUUCACUGUGAGAAGUAUUUUGGAUCUGCCGGAAAACGACACGGAGAGCAUCGCGCACCAUUCUCCAGCGGACUCCUAUUCCGUCUCACCUUACUCGUCCUGGGCUGAAAACGAGAGGGGGCAUGUCUCAUCAGACGAGAGCAACCUCGAGGCUUCCCCGGACUCCACCGGGCCGCACGCGCUUUCGCCGGAGGCGGAGCACGAAAAGCGGAAGAAGCGCCGCGUGUUGUUCUCCAAGGCUCAGACGUACGAACUGGAGAGACGCUUCCGUCAGCAGCGGUACCUGUCCGCUCCGGAACGAGAGCAGCUCGCGCACCUGCUCCGCCUCACGCCCACGCAGGUGAAGAUCUGGUUUCAGAACCACAGGUACAAGAUGAAGAGAGCGCGGAUAGAGUGCGCCCAGGACCUCCGCCAGCCUCCGGUGCUGCGCAGAGUCGUGGUGCCCAUUUUGGUCCGAGACGGCAAACCGUAUCAGAACUGCGCUAUUGACGCAGAAAAAGGAAGCUGCGUCGUUCCUCCGGCAGUGCCGUCCUCGCCCUUCGGCGUUCAAGGUUUCCAGCCUUUACAGCAACAAACGCCCUUCGCGCUUUUCCCCACGUACCAGCACUUUACCAACACGGCGGCCUCCCGCCACCACUUCUGUGUCUGGUGAGAUUCGCUUAGGACCCCGCGAACUAUUUUGGGACUUACCCCACAGGACAGCGCAUGGAUUCCUCUUGAUUCAAGUUGUUUUUUAAUUACAUGAAGUGUUAGGUCUAUUGAAGUAGAAACUGCGUUUCGGCGUUGAUGAGAUAAGAAAUAAAUAAAUAAAUAAAUAAAUGCUGUUUGCACAUAUUAUAUGUUCUAUUUAGUUGCAUUUUGUGAGAGUUUUGUAUUCAUUGAUGUCGUUUAUAAUUGCCUAGAUAGUGUAUUUUUGAACUGUUUGUGUUUGUUUUAAACCAAAAGUUUAUAUAUCUGUGAGAAAUGUUUUAUACUGUGAAUAAUGUAGUGUCAUAAUUUGACGCGACUGCCUCAGCUUAAAGUGCGUUUUCGUUCAUUAUUCUAUGUAUUAAAAAAAGAGAAUAAAAAGAUUUUUUUUUAGC